AUUCAGUAACUCGAGAGUAACGCCCACAAAUAUUAUACAACACGUUGGUGAACACAUCCUUAUAUGUCACUUCCUGUGGAAAUCGAGAAGCUGGAGCAGAAACUGAAAAAUAUGGAUCUAAAGAAGUUACACGAGAUUGAUGAGGACCUGACAAGUAGUGAAGUGGCCCAGCUGAAGUUUCUGUGCAUGGACAUAAUUCCCAAGAAACGUUUGGAGACAGUGACAGAUGCCAAAGAACUGUUCCUGAGACUGGAAGAGCAAGCACUACUUGAUGAUGGGUUACUCGUCCCCGAGCUUCUGAUCACAAUUGGCCGCUUUAAAUUGCUUGGCAUCCUGAAUAUGUCCAAAGAGGAUGUGGAAAGAAAACUGCUACAACGUGACAUGUCUAGUAUAGGAGUCUCAGCCUACAGAAAAAUGCUAUUUAGAAUAUCUGAGGACAUGACAGAAGAAAACCUUCGUGCAGUGAAGUUCCUUGUAGAACUUCCGAGGUCAAAACUAGGACCGUCUGCUACAUUUCUAGAUGUUAUGAUUGAGAUGGAAAAGCUACAGAAGCUUGGGGAAGACAACCUGGAUGAACUUUACAAUGUUUUAGACAAAUGUGACAAACAGCUGGCCUGCAGGAUAGAGGAGUACAGGGCACGGGAACAAGGAGGCAGACUUCCUCUACGGGAAGUGUUUGGCAGUGCACAAGUUUCCUUACCUGCUGAAAGUAUGCAAAGAUAUCAAAUGGAGACAGGAAAUGGAUGGAGGAGAGACUCACUUAUUACCGAUUCAGACACUGAACCCAGACCGGAGGAAUAUUAUAAUAUGACUCAGCGGCCUCUCGGAUAUUGUCUAAUCGUCAACAACUACAACUUUAAAGAAAGCUCCUCAUUGAAGAACCGAACAGGAACGCAUAAGGACAGAGAUGACCUUAGCAGAGUGUUUCGCAGAAUGCAUUUUGAGGUUGUGAUUCAGGACGAUCUGACAGGUUCAGAUAUGAAGGAAAUGAUAAAGGAAUUUGCAAAAAAGGAUCAUACUCGAAUGGGCGCUUUUGUCUGCUGUGUCCUCUCGCAUGGAGAGAAGGGCACAGUUUUGGGUGUGGAUGGUAAAGGGGUUGAAAUCCGUGAACUCACAAUGCCUAUUGCUGAAUGCCAAACACUAGCAUCCAAGCCCAAGCUUUUCUUCAUUCAAGCCUGCCAAGGAAGUGUGGGCCAGAAUGGUGUAUGGACAGCGGAUUCACCGGAAAAUGCUACAGAAGAAGAAUAUGAGGCAGAUGCUUAUAAUCCGGCAUACCGCUUUAUUCCUAUAGAAGCGGAUAUGCUAAUCGGAAUGGCCACAGUGGAGCACUACCAGUCCUUCCGCCACACUAGAGAAGGCUCUAUCUAUAUCCAGGAGCUCUGUAAUCAGUUGGAGAAUUUAUGCCCCAGAAGAGAGGAUAUCUUGUCCAUCCUGACAAAGGUAAACCAUGAAGUGAGCUUGAAAUGGUUGAUGGGCCGCAAGCAGAUGCCUGAACCUCGAUAUACCCUCACCAAGAAGCUGGUCCUGCCCAUGGACACUGGUCUGCAUUGUUUCUCAAGUCAUUGUUGGUCUUUCAAUGAGAUGGAUAAAACUGGUACUGACGGCUACAAAAAUCAGACAAGUCCGUGUAACAAGAAUGAGCAGAAGAAGGUCAAAGAAUCAGAUGGGCCAAAGAAAAUGAAGGCUGUAGGGAGGAAUUCACAAAGAGACAAAGAAAACUUUCCUGAAUGUAUUCAAAAUAAAAAUGGACCUAAAAGAAAGCGGGAACCCCUUCAACCCACCAGCAAUAUUUCUGAUCAUUACCCUAAAAGGAAACGUGUGGUUGCAACCCAGAGGAAAUUUUAUUCCAUGUCAAAUAGGCCCCUUGGAUAUUGUUUGAUCAUCAAUAACUAUAACUUUGAGAGAACGUCACUUGGAAACCGGAAAGGGACCGGCAAAGAUAAAGAUAUUCUCACCAGAGUGUUUGAGAGCAUGUUUUUCAAAGUUGAAGUGCGGGAUGAUUUGCAAGCGUCGGAUAUGCAAAAUGUGAUAAAGGAGUUUUCAGAGAGGGAUCACUCUAAGAUGGAUGCUUUUGUCUGCUGCAUCCUGUCCCAUGGAGAGAUAGGCUCUGUUCUGGGGAUAGAUGGAAUACCAGUUCCGAUCCGUGAACUCACACAGCCUUUUGCUGAAUGCCACACACUGGUUAAUAAGCCCAAGCUUUUCUUCAUUCAGGCCUGUCAGGGUAACGAGGCCCAGCAAGGUGUGUGGAUGGCAGAUGGACAGGAGAGCACUAGUGAAGAAGGAACAUUUGAGGAGCACUAUGUCCCUAAAGACGCUGAUUUCCUGAUUGGAAUAGCAACAGUGGAGUACUGCAAAUCUUUCCGCCACACAACGGAUGGGUCCAUCUUUAUCCAGGAGCUCUGCAAGCAGCUGGAAAGUGGCUGUACACGGAAGGAGGACAUACUCUCCAUUUUGACGAAGGUGAAUAGAAUAGUGAGCUCCAAAAGCCUUAAUGGUUUCAAGCAGAUGCCUGAGGUUCGCUACACUCUAACCAAAACACUGGUCCUGCCCAUGAAGCGAGUCUCCUGAUUGGCUGCAGCAUGACUAUCUAUCUAUCUAUCUAUCUAUCUAUCUAUCUAUCUGUUUUUGUGGGUGUUUUAAUCCUUAAAGGUGCAGUAUGUAACAUUGACAGUUAGCGGUAGUUGUUUCUCCCGUCCCCUCCUCCUCAGACUCUACACUUACGCAACAGAAAUGAGUGCAAUUGACAAUGGAAGGCGACAAGUUUUACAAGUUGAUGUGAUGAUUCAUCCAUUUUUUAAUAUGCCUCUUGUCAUAAAGCUUUUUAGAUGGAUGCCAAGGUUUUUUAGGUCUAGUAGAAUCUCUGAUCACUGACCAUGGCUGCAAUACAAUGUGUUUUCCGCCAAUUGGCAACACAGGAUGUUGAAAUACAGUUGGGUAAAUUGACAGUGGGCGGAAUCAGACCAUAAAAAAAACAGACAUUCUGGCACAGAACGCACAUUUCAGAGUAGAGUAACUGGCUGUAACAUUGUUUUUCGGAGAACCAAUGUAAACUUAGCAUGUUUACUAAAGAUCUGCAAACAUAUAGUAUUUAAUGCUCUAGUACAGUUAUAAAAAAUUCCAUACAACAUACAGUUGCAUAGGGACUGUUUUUUGUAUGUAUUGUUUUCUUUUUUGGGGGGACAUUUAUGAAAUGGACAAUUGUUUUUAUGAUCUAAAUUUUAAAUUUCUCUGUUCUGUUGUGUUAAAACUAAAGAACUCUAUUUCCUUAUGUUGUGUCCCUGGAAGACGGAUCAUAAUGAUAUUUUUUUAUUCAUACCAAUACUGUGUUUAAAUAAAUAGCUGACAAGUCAUCGGAGGCAUAGGACAGCUUGAAUACAAGAAGUUAAAUUAAUUGAAGAGGUGCUGGGGUGCCGAAAUACAAUUGGGUAAAUUGGCAGUGUGCGGGUUUCACAAACCAAAGACCGGCAUUCCGGCACGGAACGCACAUUUUCAAAGGAGAAUAACUGACUGUAGCAUUGUUUUUCAGAU